GGCCAGGUCACAGUUGGCUGCACGACACCGCGAGUCACAACCACACAAAACUACAACGAUAACACAGCCAACACAACCGCAAUUCCAACUGCGACUUCGACUGCCAGGUAGCAAAAGGUAAACUAGGUAAACAACUUAAGGAGUCGCAACACGAUGCGGAACUGCGCCUUAUUUGGAUUAUAUGCGCUGCUAAUCGUCGCCGCCUGCUGCUGCCAAGCAACAGUUGGCAAGCCGCUGCAGGAUGAUGAUGACGAUGCCACCGUGGAGCAGCUGCAGACACAAAGAGCGAGAGUCUCAAGACAACUGGCUGGCUUUGGUGGCUAUCCUGGACUGGGUUACGGCAGCGGAUUGGGAGGCUAUGGCACAGGCCUAGGCAUCGGAGGAAUUGGAGGCAUCGGAGGCAUAGGAGGAAUUGGAGGAAUUGGAGGAGUUGGAGGACUUGGCGGUCUAGGAGGCUUGGGAUAUAGUGGCUAUGGCGGCUACGGAGGCUAUGGAGGAUACGGUGGCUAUGGAGGCUAUGGAGGCUAUGGCAACUAUGCAGGAUACGGACUGCGUUAUCCUUACUCCUAUGGUAGCGGACUGUAUGGACGUGCUUAUGGAUACGGCGGCUAUCCGCUCAUUUAAAUGUCGAAUCGAAAUAAAUGUUACACACAUAAAGCUAAAGGUGUUUCACUUGGCAAACGCAUAUUUAAACAGU